AGAUGAACCACACAUUCAGACGUAACAAUAAUCUAUAUUACCAGUAAAAGGCCGCGUAAACAACGAAGACAGAAGUAAAAGGCACCUAUACUUAGAAAAAACCGCCAUGGCCACCGGUUUAAGCUUCUUUAAGCUCUCGUUCCUUCUCAGCCUCCUCUCCGGCGGAUCAGACCUAUUAGCUCCCGAUGCCGAAUCCGGAGUCGCCCAAAUCGGGAAGUUCCCGCCGUCGUGUAACCGAAUCGAAUGCCCGAGCUACGAGCUGGUUCACUCUGGAAAUGGAUACGAAAUUCGCCGGUACAACACCACCGUCUGGGUUUCCACUGAACCGAUUCCAGAUAUCUCUCUCGUUGAUGCUACAAGAACCGCUUUUUUCCAAUUGUUUGCAUACAUUCAGGGGAAGAACGAGUAUCAUCAGAAGAUAGAAAUGACUGCUCCGGUUAUCUCUCAAGUCUCACCAAGCGAUGGUCCCUUCUGUGAAUCUUCCUUCACUGUAUCUUUCUACGUUCCCAAACAGAACCAGCCUGAUCCAGCUCCGGCGGAGAAUCUCCGCAUCCAGAAAUGGAACCCUAGGUACGUGGCCGUGAGACAGUUCAGUGGAUUCGUCUCCGAUGAUAGCAUUGGAGAAGAAGCGGCGGCGCUAGACUCGAGCCUCAAAGGUACGGCUUGGGCUAAUGCAAUAGAGAAAAGCAAAGAAGACGGUGGUGUUGGGUCGGAUUCAGCUUACACGGUGGCUCAGUAUAACUCACCCUUCGAGUUCACGGGUCGGGUCAAUGAGAUUUGGUUACCGUUCGAGCUCGAUGUUUAAGCUUUGUUUAGUGAAACCCUUUUUAUAUACAUUUGAAUAAAAUAAGAGGUUAAUC